GGGUGUAUAAUUGAUUCAGACAACCGAGCGCAUGCAGUAUCAGUUUCACUGCCUCAAUCAACUUUUUAAUGAAUAUAUUUGAAAAAACUGCGAUAGAGUGAAGCCGCGAAGGUUGAAGUGUGAAGUGGCGGGGACGACUGUGUUAACUGUACUUUUAGGGAAAAGCAAAAAGGUGCUGAGAUGGAUCUGGUACUCAGUGCUGCGGACUAUUAUGUUUUUACUCCAUACGUAUAUCCAGCCACAUGGCCAGAGGAUGACUUCUUUCGACAAACUAUUAGUCUCCUGAUCAUAACAAAUCUCGGUGCUUAUAUCCUUUACUUCGUAUUUGCAACACUGAGCUAUUAUUUUGUCUUUGAUCAUUCAUUGAUGAAGCAUCCACAGUUUUUAAAGAAUCAAGUCUAUCGAGAGAUUAUGUUCACGGUGCGGUCGUUGCCGUGGAUAAGCAUCCCCACGGUCUCACUGUUCCUGCUGGAGCUGCGGGGUUACAGCAAACUGUAUUCGGACGCGGGCGGCUUUCAGCACGGCUGGCUGCAGCUCGUCGUCAGUGUGCUGUCCUUCCUCUUCUUCACUGACAUGCUCAUCUACUGGAUUCACAGAGGCCUGCACCACAGGCUCAUAUAUAAGCACGUGCACAAACCCCACCAUGUCUGGAAGGUCCCUACCCCGUUCGCGAGCCAUGCUUUCCACCCCGUGGACGGCUUCCUGCAGAGCCUGCCUUACCACAUAUACCCCUUUGUCUUCCCCUUACACAAGGUGGUCUAUUUAGGUCUGUACAUCUUAGUGAAUAUCUGGACAAUUUCCAUUCACGAUGGUGAUUUCCGUGUCCCCCGGAUCUUAAGGCCAUUUAUUAAUGGCUCAGCUCAUCAUACAGACCACCACAUGUUCUUCGACUAUAACUAUGGACAGUAUUUCACAUUGUGGGAUCGAAUCGGAGGCUCAUUCAAGAAUCCUUCCUCCUUUGAAGGGAAGGGACCACUCAGCUACGUGAAGAAGAUGGAAGAGCAGAAGUGGAGCAGCCACGUGGGGAACGGGUGCGGAAGUGAGAGAGGAGCCACUGGGGAGGCUGCAAAGACUGAAUAGAGUAUUGUCCAGUUAAAUAUUUUCAAUAAGAAAAACUGUAGUCAGGAGACAUAGCAAGUAGAUGGCAUCAUUUGAAAGUCAGCAUUGUGGUGCUGCUGCGGAAGGACCGCGAUGGAGGAUCAGGGAGGGCGCUGUGCACAGCCGAUUCCAGCCUCAUGCUUGACGUGCUAGAUGGUGGGCUAGGAUCCCGCACAGCUGUAAUUUGUGUAGUCUCAGCACCAUUUCUAAAAGAUAGAAAAUAAAUUAUUGAGGGGACUAGGUCAUGUCUUUUUGCCUUCAUCUAUCAUACUCAUUAAGAAAACACCAUUGUGCUUAAUAACACGGACUAAGCACCGUAACAAAGAAGUACUGAGGUAGAGAUGGUUCCUUGUUUCAGGGACGGUCGCAUCUUUGGUUUUAGCGUGAUUUGUUCAAGUGCAAACAUCAGGUGGAAAAAUACACCAAUGUAACAUCUUAGUGGCUUUGUAGAUGACCUAGUUAAUAGCAGUGUAAUUAGAGUAUCACUUUCUACAUGUAGGAAGUUUAUUCUCUGGGGACAUUGUCAAAUACUACAUUUUAUUGAUGAAUAAAUUGGAAUUUAAAAAAAUUUUUGAUACUACCAUGAUUUAAUCCAGAUCUGGGAUUAUUUAAAGAUUUUGAUGCUUAUUAUUCAAAACUGUAUUUUAAUAAGUGUAAAAAUCUGUGAAUCUGAAUAUGCAGUAUUUCCCCUUCGCCAUGGGGCACACAUUCCAGACCCGGUAGUGCAGAUCUUUCCAAACCAUGCAUAUGUAUAUAUACUGUAUUUUUUUCUAUACAUACAAAGCUAUGAUAAAAUUUAAUUUAUAAACUAGGCACAGAUUAACAACAAUAACUGAUAAAGUAGUUACAAAGGAAAUUUGAUGUCCAAAUAAUAUAUUGCAACACUACUAAUUUUUAAAUUACAUUUAAGCACUGCACUUUUUAUUGUUCAAUGUAUUUGGAAGAAAAUGAAAUGUUAUAUAUCCCUUUUAUGGAAAAACUACAUGGAGGCUAUUCAACAUAAAAUAUGACAUUUUUCAUGUGAUUUAUAGAAAAGUAACAAGAUCUUCAGUUAGAAUUUUCUAAUUUCUAACACAACCCAGAAACUAUGUCAAAAAUCAUAAUGACAGAAUUGGUUCAGCUUUGAAAUAUGAAUGGCAGUCAUGCUGGAUUGAUUUUACAAAAUAAAAUAUCCAACGGAACUAUUCAUUUUGGCUGGAUGUACUGCAUUUUUGAUGUUUCAACAUUGUAAUUUCUAUAAUCAGGAAUAAUUGCCAAAUAUUUAGGCCUAACACUGAAGAUUAGUUUGAAAUCUUGUUCUCCCUCUUCUCCCCUCACUUUUUCCCAUUUCCUCUGCAAAAAAGAUUGAAUUAAUAGUCUCAUAAAUGUGUAUUGUAACAUAAAUAUAUUGGAAAAACAUGGUUUGUAAAGGCUAUUUAUUUAAAAUUGAUAAAAGUUUAUGACUAUUAAGCUGUAUCACAAAUAUUGUAAUAGCACAGAGUAUUCUUUGUACAAAUUUUAUAUUGAUUUCAAACCGUAGAGAUGAUGUUGAUUGUCAAAACUGUUGUAGACUGUCCCCAGAUGCUCAUUGUCAAGGAGAGAAAGAGUUUAUCUCGUUCUUUUUAUGCUUCACAUUUUUAUUAGAUUUUACUGUUUUAGCGCUCAAUUUUAUGAGACUAGUUAUAAAAUUUAAUGCUUGGGAUCCAGGUGGAUUUUUUUCCUCUUUGAGUUGCUGUUACAAUGUUUGUUUUACUUAAAUACACCAGUGUUCUAACUAGUAAAUGCAUCCUAGUACUCUCCACUAACUACCCCACCCACUUUGCCCAAGAAAAAGAAGGGAAGUUAAAAGUGGAUUUUGUUUUCUGAUGAUAAUGAGAGCUAAUAUUUAUCGAGCAUUUACCCUUGAUCAGACAUUGUCACAAAUACUUGCCACAGGAGACUGGGACCCGGCUGCGUGCAUUUCCAAGGUCAUUUCUCUCUGGCAGGUUCCGUGCGCUUGCUGCUGGUCAGCGCGCAGCGUCCGGUUGUCCUGAGUCCCGCGCUCCUUCGUCCUGUCCUGGCAG